GAGAGGACCCACCACACAUGGCCUUUGAGAAGACCCAAAAUCUCCUUCCCACUCUCUAGUCCCGCAAACUUCGACAUCCAUAGCAUCGCCUGCCCUCUAAAACCGAAUUCUCUCUCCCUCCCCCCCUAUCUUUGGCUAUUUAUCAAACACCUCUCUAUAAAUCAAAACCAUCAUCCUCUGUCUCUCUUAAUCACACAACCUAAAACACUGUGAACUCAACCAAAACACACACACAGAGGAAGAGGAUAAGAUGGGGUUACAAAACCAGCUGAACGAUGUGUCUUCUGAAUCGAUCCCGUUACUCCUUAUAGCAUUCAUAGCCAACUGUGUUGCCUGCCUUCGCUCUUUCUUUUUCAGCGUUUUCCACUCCGUGGGCGUUCACCGAUUGGACCAAGCCCACGUUAUGGAUGAUAGGCUGAUGGGCUCAAUGGGCUCUGGUCUUGCCGGCCUGAUCGUGCUUGCCGAGCAGCGUAAACUCAACCGGGUAUUUGCUUACAAGUAUUGUUGCGGUCGUGAUGAUGGAAAUGACAAGGGAGGAUCGGAUUGUGUGGUGUGCUUGUGCACGCUAAGGGAUGGGGACCAGGUGAGGAAGCUCGAUUGCCGCCACGUGUUUCACAAGGAAUGUUUUGAUGGAUGGCUUGAUCAUCUCAAUUUUAACUGCCCUCUUUGUCGGUGGCCGCUUGUUUCCGAUGAGCGCGUUGAAGAAACGCGAAGGCGCGUGGGGGAGAACUUAGUGGAGUGGUUCUCCCUGAGAUGAUGCGUGUUCGUGAUGACGACGAGGAUGAUUAUUCGAUGAUGAUGAUUGGUGAAUGAUUUCAGGGAUGUUUAUUUUUUUUUAAUUAGAUUGAUUUUGAGAGGGUUCGUGGCAGUUUUGACUAGCUAUGAACUCUCUUUUUUUUUACUUUUCUUUUUUCUUAGAAUUUCUGAGCCACUGUAAAUUUUUUGAGAGCCCUUGAGCCCUCGAGGCCUUAGGUUCUUUUCUGUUUUUUUUUUACUGCUGUGCAUUUUUCAAGUUUUAGUAUUUGUCAUCGGAGGGCACUCUCCAACAAACCCUUCUCUUACAAAAUCACCAUGUUGGUUGGGGCUGCUGUUUAAUGAUUUCAUUUAAUUUUUCAUGUAUUUUAUAUAUCAUUAUUAUUAUUUUUUGUUUUCAA